CUGGGGCUACUGCGGGAACGCUUCUCCGAUCUGGCAAUAGCACUCCACCCGAGCUCUUGCAGCAUCAGACAUUUUCAACCCAGCCUCACAUCAGACAUCCACCAAGUAUGCUGUGCCAGAGGUGCGCCAAACCCUUGCGUGGCAACUGCCUCGCCGCGCUGCCGAAGCGCACGAUCCGCCAAGCUUCAUCGAGCUCCGCGCUCCCCCGACGGCCGGCCCACCCCUCAACGUCCACAGCUCCGUGGGCUCCUUGGGCUCCUCGAUCGCUCGCCAGAUUCCCGACCACAGCCCUCCGAGCCGGCCCAUCCAGAUUAAAUUCUUCUUCAGCACCGUCCGAAACAAGCUCGACGCCCGCCGGAUCGACAGGCCCAUCAGGCACUCUCGAGAAGCCUGACUUCCUCAACGAAGCCGAGUCCGAGGUCUGGGACCGCCUCGCCAAGGAGUUCAGCCCGGUGGAGCUGGUGGUGCAGGACAUAUCGGGCGGCUGUGGUUCCAUGUAUGGGAUCGAGAUAAGCUCGGAGAAGUUCCGCGGAGCAAACAUGCUCAAGCAGCAGCGGAUGGUCAACGCCGUCCUCGGCGACUUGAUGAAGACAUGGCAUGGAGUGCAACUCAAGACGAGGGUUCCCUGAAGGAUAGACUGGGCUGAAGAACAAACGAAACUGGCUGCAUUGCCCCGGGUCAAAGCCUGGCCAUCCGGUGUGGGUGCGCGGAGCUCUACAGAGGCAGCGUGGUUGCUCAGGGCGACAUACAGACAGAAGUUGCCUCAUUAUACACGGCGGGCUAGACGGAACGGCCGCGCGGCGACCCUACAAGGUCGACUGUAAUUAACAAUCAGAAAAGGCCGGAAGUGCAGGCGUUGAAGGAGGGUCGGCGACCACUACGAGGAUGCCCCGCCCUCGCUCACCAGCAGCCAAUGCUCGGUGGAGCGCUCUCACGAGAAAUCACUACUCAGGAUAUAAAUGACAUGUUAUAUGAGUUGGGAAAGAAGGCGAUUCAAUUCAGCGGCAUGAGUACAGACCCGAGCCCUGCGUCCAGCUCCCGCUUGCCCUGCAAACACUAAUCUGCUCCAUGGUAGCCACAUGGGUAUUGUUUUGACACUGCUGCGUGCUUGUGUUGGACGCUUGUCUCGAUACCCAAAAGAACGUGGAUGCCACCGCACCUUUCUAGCCGAGUGGUUGCUGCGGCACUUGGAGGAGACGCCUUACUUCAAUCCCCGGUUCCCUUUCUCUCGCACUUUUCGCAUCUUCCAGCCACACGCUUCACGCGUAAAUUGUUCUUGUCUAUUGGUGGUAGGAGCCAGCAGUCCAUGGCUGUUCGAUAGAAGAUUUCACAGCGGUCCCAGUUUGGUACACCAGACGUGACUCUGCACUACACUCUGAAUUAGUAUUUUAGAAUACACUGUAGUGAAUAAUAAGGUGGCCCAAUUUGUCCUCCCCA